AAUCCAAAGGAUGAUGUAGCAAUAAGUGAUAAUAAUGCAAUAAUGCAAUAUAUGAUAGCUAAGCGUAUCUACCAGAUCAAAACCCAUGUUCUUGUUUUCUUGACUGUUAGCUACUUCCAAGUAUAUAUAAGAAAACGAGCUAACACUAUACAUCUGAGCUAAGGUUUUAACUUUUAUGGCAAACUAAAGCUUAGACUUUUCAGAGAAAGAGUUGAGAUUGUUUUUUUUUGGGUAGUUGAAUCAAGGUAUAAAAACUGAAAAAUGGGUUCAAUUGAUCUUCAACAACCCCUUGUGGUGGGCCCCGAAAUAUCAACAAUCUCCGAUGACACCCGGUUGCAACAGUUGGGUUACAAGCAAGAGCUCAACCGGGGCCUCUCGGCAAUAGCCAAUUUUGCAGUGACGUUCUCCAUCAUAUCAGUGUUAACAGGUUUAACAACAAUGUUUAAUAUGGGGCUAACUUAUGGUGGACCUGUAACCAUGGUGUAUGGCUGGCCCAUUGUUGGUUUUAUGACUAUGAUGGUGGGCUUAUCCAUGGCCGAGAUAUGCUCUGCCUUCCCAACUUCAGGUGGCCUGUAUUUCUGGAGCGCUAGACUUUGUGGGAAUCGUUGGGGCGCCUUUGCUUCAUGGCUCACUGGCUGGUUCAAUAUAGUUGGUCAGUGGGCUGUUACAACCAGUGUGGAUUUCUCUCUGGCACAGCUGAUUCAAGUGAUUAUUCUACUCAGCACAGGUGGGAAAAAUGGUGGUGGUUAUGAGGCAUCCAAGUAUGUUGUAAUGGGCCUCCAUGGCGGUCUACUUCUUACACAUGCACUCCUGAAUAGUCUUCCUAUUUCAUGCUUGUCCUUCUUGGGACAGAUAGCUGCAGCAUGGAAUGUAGCAGGUGUCUUUGUGCUUAUGAUUCUCGUCCCCCUCGUUGCUAAGGAAAGAGCCAGUGCUGAGUUUGUUUUCACUCAUUUCAACACGGAUAAUGGCGAAGGGAUCAAGAGUAUAAUUUACAUCUUUGUUCUUGGACUUCUAAUGAGCCAAUAUACUAUCCUAGGCUAUGAUGCAUCUGCUCACAUGACUGAGGAAACGAAGAAUGCAGACAAGAAUGGACCCAAAGGAAUUAUUAGUGCCAUUGUUAUAUCAAUAAUUGUUGGUUGGGGUUACAUUGUCGGUAUCAGCUUUGCAGUCACCGACAUUCCUUACCUGUUGAGUAGUGAAAAUGAUGCUGGUGGUUAUGCUAUAGCAGAAGUAUUUUACCUAGCAUUCAAGAGCAGAUAUGGGAAUGGAACUGGUGGAAUCGUAUGCUUGUGCAUUGUUGCCAUGGCCGUAUUUUUCUGUGGCAUGAGUUCCAUGACCAGCAAUUCUAGGAUGGCUUAUGCAUUCUCAAGAGAUGGCGCGAUGCCUUUUUCAUCAGUUUGGCAAAAGGUGAACAAGCAAGAAAUUCCUAUCAAUGCAGUAUGGGUGUCUGCUUUCAUCUCCUUUUGCAUGGCAUUAACGUCUCUUGGAAGCUUGGUAGCAUUCGAAGCCAUGGUAUCGAUAGCGACCAUUGGGCUAUACAUAUCAUAUGCCUUGCCAAUAUUUUUCAGAGUGACGGUGGCUCGAAAAUCUUUUGUCCCUGGACCAUUCAAUUUAGGCCAAUAUGGGAUUCUCGUUGGUUGGAUUGCUGUGGCUUGGGUGAUCACCAUCUCACUCCUGUUCUCACUCCCUGUUGCCUUUCCUAUCAACACUGAGACACUCAAUUAUACACCUAUUGCAGUUGGAGGUCUUUUGAUUCUUAUUACUUCUUCUUGGUUUUUUAGUGCUAGAUAUUGGUUCAAAGGUCCUCAUAAAAAUGUAGGUGUUUGAGCUAUCAAAUAUGGACCAUUUUAACAAAAUUAUUCAAGCUAGACACAUUAUUCAUGUAUAUUUACAAGGCAAUCAUUUGACAUAAGCAAGCCGAGACUUGAAUUUUGUAAUAGUCAGUACUUAAGAUGGAGAGUGAUAAGAGUUUUGUGAUAUGAAUAUUAAUCACCGUCUUCUCUCA